CCUUGGUCAGCGUCGAAGAAGAGAAGACGCCAGCGUUCGCGAAGGAGCUCACAGGAAGAGCGCGUGGCAGUCCAUAUCGUGCUCCUCCACCAACACCCGCAGCAUCUCAGCAAUUUUUCACAAAUUACAGAUUUCAUUCGAUGCAACAUGCAGUGGUUUACAUUUGCAUGUCUCUUUAUUUUUCCAGUAAUUGCAGUUGCUCAUGAAAGGCCUGCAUGGACAUGGACUUGUGAAAAUAAAAAGUGUGAGAAAAAGGAACUCUUGGGAAAUGAUACUCCUCAGAGUAUGGCUGUUUGCAAACUUCUCUGUGACCCAAAUCUCAACCUUUGGCCUCGUCCCACUGGGGAAUUCAGAAUGAGCCAGAGACUUGUGCCUGUGAAUCCACAUAGCAUUUCUGUAGAAUAUGUUGGUAGUGGUGAAUUGAAAGAUGAUCUUAGGGAAAUAAUUCAGAAAGUAGGUCGAUUGUUUCAAACAGAAUUGGGAAAGGAAGCAGGAGUAGAAAAUUUAAAGGCAGAUUCACCUUCAACUUAUUCUCUGUUUGUGGAGUUGGACAUAAAAGAUCCAAAAUCUUACAGGUUUACAUCUGAUACCGAUGAAGGCUAUCAGCUACUCAUUGGAACUCAGGACACACGUGUGAAAGCUACUAUAACAGCACAAACGUAUUUUGGUGCCCGUCAUGGACUUGAAACCCUCUCUCAGUUAGUGAUAUAUGAUGAUGUAUCAAGGCAUCUUGUUGUUCCUGAUGAUGUUUAUCUCAAUGAUCGUCCUGCAUAUCCUUACCGUGGAAUUCUGCUCGAUACUUCAAGAAGUUAUUUUAGUGUAAAAAGUAUUAAAAGAACAUUGGAUGCUAUGGCAGCUAAUAAACUGAAUACAUUUCAUUGGCACAUGACAGAUUCACAUAGUUUUCCUUUCCAGUCUAAAAAGUAUCCACAGUUCAGUCAUUAUGGUGCUUAUACUCCACGCAAGGUGUACACACAUGAUGAUAUACGUUCAAUUGUAGAAUAUGGUAGAGUGAGAGGAGUUCGUGUUUUGCCUGAGCUGGAUCAGCCUGCUCAUGUUGGUGAAGGGUGGCAAUGGGCACCGAAUACAACAGUCUGUUUUAAAGCUGAGCCUUGGCAACAGUAUUGUGUGGAGCCUCCUUGUGGGCAGUUGGACCCUACCAAUGAUUAUGUGUAUGAUAUACUAGGAAAUCUUUAUUCUGAGUUCUUAGAACUUUUUGAUUCUGAUAUAUUCCAUAUGGGUGGAGAUGAGGUCAAUUUUAACUGCUGGAAUAGUUCAGAGACUAUUACUAAGUGGAUGGCGAACAAUAACUAUGGUCGUUCAGAAGCAGAUUUCAUUCGGUUGUGGAAAAAUUUUCAAGAGAGAUCAUAUGCUCGUCUAAUUAAAGCCAAUGGUGGGAAACAACUUCCUGUUGUUUUGUGGACCAGCCAUCUUACCUUAAAGGGUCAAGUUCAUUUAAACCUUGAGAAAGAAAAAUACAUUAUCCAGAUUUGGACUAAAGGCAAUGAUGAAAUAGUUCCUGAACUUGUUAAUCAAGGUUUCAGAGUAAUUUUUUCUAAUUAUGAAGCUCUAUAUUUUGAUUGUGGAUUUGGAGCGUGGGUGGGUGCUGGUAAUAAUUGGUGUUCUCCUUACAUUGGUUGGCAAAAAGUGUAUGACAAUGAUCCACUGAAUCUUCUGAAACAGCAAGGAGUGAAUGUAGACAAUCCAGAGACCCAAAAGCUUGUUUGGGGUGCAGAGGCAACGCUUUUCACAGAGCAAGCCGAUGAAGCUGCUCUUGACAGUCGGUUAUGGCCUCGGGCAUCUGCGUUAGCGGAACGGUUGUGGUCUCGUCCCAGUGAAGACUGGCAUCAGGCAGAAUUUAGAAUUCUAGAACAAAGAGAGAGACUUGUUAGACGAGGAAUAAUGUCAGAUCUGUUGGAACCUGAAUGGUGUGUGCAAAACCAGGGAUACUGCUAUCUUUAAAAGGACAAAUAUUUGUCUUUAAACGUCAAUAGGUAUUCGAGUUAUAUCUUGAACAUCUUGAGGCAGAAUAUUGAGUCUUCCUAUUGAACAAAAGGACAAUUCAAGUUGAAAGAAAUUUAUUUUAUUUUUGAGAUCUUUGUUUGGAAAAAAUUUGGAGCCGUUU